AUGCAAUGUUAUACCGAACUCGUGGCGCCGACCGCUGUGUCGAACGCCGUCGCUCUGCCAUUCACCGCUCCCGGCGCGACUAACUUGAUUGUCGCGAAGACCUCGUUGCUCCAAGUCUUCACUCUCAAGACCAUCAUAUCCCAAGCCAAACCACCAUCUUUGGCGCCCAAUGGCGACACGGCUGCGCUCGAGGGCUCUGAGAGCAUUCAUCGCGUCGAGCACACUGCCAAGCUGGUCCUCUUGGGCGAGUAUCCCGUGUCUGGAACCAUCACUUCUCUACAGCGAGUCAAGGCAUUGAACACAAAAACCGGCGCCGAAGCCUUACUGGUGUCUACCCAGGACGCGAAGAUCAGUCUGAUCGAAUGGGAUCCUCUCAACUACCGCAUCUCGACCUUGUCUAUCCAUUACUACGAGCGCGAAACAACAAACACACUGCCGUUCGGGCCAUCCCUUGCCGAUACACCCAGCUACCUUAGCGUCGACCCAAGCAGCAGAUGCGCUGCCCUCAAAUUUGGCACCAAACACCUCGCAAUCAUCCCAUUCCGUCAAUCGCAAGACGACCUGGCUGGAGAAGAUGACCUCGACACGCCCCCACCUACAAAAGCUCCUGCUACUGGUGCCGACGCCCAAGCUGAGACUCCCUACUCGGCCUCGUUCGUCUUGCCCUUGACCGCUCUCGAUCCCGCUCUCACGCAUCCUGUGCAUCUCGCUUUCUUGCACGAGUACAGAGAACCCACUUUUGGCAUUGUCUCGUCCAACAAAGCUCCUAGCCACGGUUUACUCGAAGAGCGCAAGGACAUCUUGAAUUACACCGUCUUCACUCUAGAUUUGGAUCAGCGCGCCUCCACAACUUUGCUCUCCGUUACAGGCUUGCCUUUCGACAUCUUCCGUGUCGUCCCACUUCCCUUGCCCGUCGGCGGCGCACUUCUCGUUGGCGCAAACGAGCUGGUACAUGUUGAUCAAUCUGGAAAAACAAAUGCUGUUGCUGUGAACGAAUUCGCCAAGCUAAGCUCCAACUUCGCUAUGGCUGAUCAAUCCGACCUGGGUCUUCGCCUGGAGGACUGCGUGGUCGAGGCUUUGGAUCACACUAACGGCAACAUGCUGAUCGUUCUAAACACCGGCCGUCUGGCAGUGUUGUCAUUCCGUAUCGAUGGUCGCUCAGUAUCUGGUCUGUCCGUUCAUUUGGUAGACUCCGCUCACGGCGGCCAUCACUUAAGGACCGCUGCAAACUGCGCUGCCUCUCUGGGACGUGGUAGGUUGUUCCUGGGCAGUGAGGACGGCGAUUCCACUCUGAUUGGCUGGUCCAAGAAGACUGCGCAGACACGGAAACGUAGUCAUGCCCAGAUGAUCGCCGAAGACGCCGAACUCUCACUGGACGAGGAAGACCUUGAUGAUGAUGCAGACGACGACCUGUACGCCGACGAAGCUCCAGUGGUAAAGCAAGCGGCCUCACAGGCUGCCGACUCUAGUGGUCCCGACAGCUACUCUUUCAGAGUGCACGAUAACCUCUUCAGUCUGGGGCCCAUCAAGGAUGUUUGUCUGGGCAAAUAUGCCAAUGCGAAUGAGCUUUCUGACACCGAUGUACAGCCUCAACUCUCGCUCCUCGCAAGCGUCGGUCGGGAGCGAGCGUCGAAGCUUGCAUUCAUCAACCGUGAACUAACCCCGAGUCCGGUUCGUGCAGUGGAUAUAUCUCAUGCUCAAGCCGUCUGGACCGCUUGUGUGGAGGCAGCAGCCCCUCGUGGCCAAACAAAGUCUACAGACGACGUCCAGAAUUCUGAGGCUCAGCUUGCAUCUGACAUGCAAUACGAUCAGUAUUUGAUCAGCUGUCACGCUGAUGAAGACGGUGUCGAAAGCUCAAAGGUAUUCAAGAUUGAUAACGAGAUUGCCGACACAAAACAAGGUGAUCAAAGUACGAUUUACGCCGAGGUGACUGGAACCGAAUUCGAGGUUGAAGGUGAGACCCUGGAUGUCGGAAUCCUAGCUUCUGGCACAAGAAUCGUCCAGGUGAGGAAGCAUGAAGUCAGAAGUUACGACGCAGAUCUUGGACUCUCACAAAUUUUCCCAAUUAUCGAUGAGGAGACCGAUGCAGAGCUCACAGUCGUACACUCGUCAUUCUGCGACCCCUACCUUCUAUUGCUCAGGGAAGACUCGAGCCUGCAGAUUCUGCAAGUCGACAAGAGUGGUGACCUAGACGAACUAGAGCGUGGUGAUGCUGCUUUGGCCUCGAAAUGGUUGUCUGGUAGUAUCUACAAAUCAGAGAAGACUGGCGAUAAGACAUUAGCUUUCUUACUCAAUGCAGAAGGUGGUCUCGCAGUCUUCGAGCUUCCCAACCUUGAUCGACCAGUUUAUGAAGCUCCUAGUCUUUCGGUCUUGUCGCCAGUGGUCUCAAACGAGAGCGCGCCUCGCCGUAACGUUGGCAAGGAGACUCUGGCCGAGCUUAUCUUCGCAGACUUGGGCGAUGAAACAGCCAAAUCGCCAUAUUUAAUCCUACGCUCAUCGGCGGACGACCUUAUCAUUUACGAGCCUUUCCAUCAUCCUGCGGCUCCUUCCACAUCUCCUUCACCAUUCACCACAAAUCUACGAUUCCGCAAAGUACCUGGACUGCACAUGCCUAAGUUCAACGAAGACUCUUCUCUCCAGAAGCCUGCUGCUAUGAAGUUGUUACCGAAUGUUGGAGGGUAUUCGGCCGUCUUCAUGGCAGGUGGUUCGCCAAGCUUUGUGAUCAAAGAUGCUUCGAGCCUGCCGCGGAUUGUCAGUCUGCGAGGUGAGGGCGUCCGAAGACUCUCUGGACUCAACAGCCGCAAGUGCGAAGCUGGAUUUGCAUGGGUCGAUACUACUGGUACACUACGUGAAGGGCAAAUCCCAACCAACACGAGAUUUGCUUCCAAUGGAUGGUCUGUUCGCAAAUUUUCACCCUUCUCAGAGCACAUCGAGGUCCAGAAGAUUGCUUACCAUUCAGAGCGCGACGUCUAUGUUAUUACGACGCAGGAGGAGGUUGACUUCUAUCCCCCUGAAGACGAUCCGAGGCACCCGGCCGCGGACGAAGAAAUUACACUUCGGCCCAAAGCACUGCAGUUCCGUGUACAUCUGUAUGACGCGAAAGCAGAUCGACUCAUUGACACAUAUGACAUACCCUCGUACGAAUUGAUCACUUCGAUGGAGGUCAUGCCUCUCGAAGUCUCAGAGAUCACGCAUCAGCAUAGGUUGCUGGUCGCCCUGGGUACCAUUUCACAGCGAGCAGAAAACUACGCUGCCAAGGGUUGCAUCUACACACUUGAGAUCAUCGACGUUGUGCCAGAGCCUGGCCAACCAGAGACAGGCAAGAAGUUCCGUGUCUUUGGCAGAGAAGAAACUAAGAGUGGCAUCACGGCAUUGAUGGGCAUAGCCGGUCUUGUCGGCACUGCUCAAGGACAGAAACUCAUGAUUCGUGGUCUGAGAGAAGAUGGCUCGUGUUUACCUGUUGCCUUCCUCGAUGCGCAAUGUUACAUCUCAUCACUGAAGACGCUGGCAAGCAGCAAACUCUGGAUCGCUGCGGAUGCUUGGAAGGGUCUUUGGUUUGGUGGAUUCGGAGAGGAGCCUUACAAGCUUUCGUUGUUUGGAAAAUCACGCUCUCAGAUGGAAGUCGUGUCGGCUGAGUUCCUGCCGUUCGAAGGCCAGCUGUACAUCCUUAUCAUUGACGCAGACCUUGACAUCCAUGUGCUGCAGUACGAUCCUGAGCAUCCCAAAUCAUUGUCUGGUCAGCGUCUGCUGCACAGAAGCACCUUUCACCUUGGACACAUGCCCACCUCGAUGACACUGCUCCCUUCCACCCUAUCACCCUUCACCGAGCAGAACCCGGAUGAAGACAUGGCAGAUAACGACAGCGAACCAUCCAAGACAUCCGCUCUCAACCACAUCCUCAUCACAACACAAACCGGCAGUAUUGCACUGCUUACACCCCUUGACGAAGCAACCUACCGUCGUUUAUCAGCCCUGCAGACAACACUAUCCAGCAUCCUCGAACACUCGGCUGGACUCAACCCGCGAGCCUACCGUGCGGUUGAAAGCGAAGGACUUGGUGCCAGAGGCAUUGUUGACGGAGAUCUCAUCACCCGAAUCUAUGAGUUGGGUGCUGGUAAGAGGCUUGAAGUGCUCGGCAGAGCUGGUGCUGAGGUUUGGAGUACAAGGAGUGAUUUGGAGAUCAUUGCUGGUGAAGGAUUGGGAUAUCUAUAA